AUGAACAUGACUGAAGCAGAUAUCAACAGUAAAGGAAAACGGUGGUCCCUCAAGGGAAUGACUGCUUUAGUCACCGGUGGAAGCCGAGGCAUAGGGCAUGCAAUAGUAGAAGAACUAGCAGGAUUUGGUGCAGUUGUCCACACUUGUUGUCGUAACCAAAAAGAACUUGAUCGAUGUCUACAACAAUGGAAAACCAUGGGUUUUACAGUGACAGGAUCAGCAUGUGACUUGUUUUACCCUGACCAAAGGGAGAAAUUGAUGGAAACUGUCUCCUCUCUCUUCCAGGGAAAGCUCAACAUCCUUGUGAAUAAUGUUGGGACAACUAUCCGAAAAGAAGUUGUAGAAUUCACAGCUGAAGAUUUCUCAACUAUUAUGGUUACAAAUUUUGAGUCUGCCUACAAUUUAUGUCAACUUGCGCAACCCCUUUUGAAAGCUUCAGGAUAUGGAAGCAUUGUAUUUAAUUCCUCCAUUUCAAGUUCUGUGGCUAUAUCUCUUUCAUCUAUCUAUGCAGCAUCUAAAGGAGCUAUGAAUCAAUUUACAAAGAACUUGGCAUGUGAGUGGGCAAAAGACAAUAUAAGAGUUAAUGCUGUUGCACCUGGCCUAAUCAGAGUAGAGAGACCGAAAUCCAUGAUGGUACAAACCUCUCCCCUGUUCUCCCCUUUCAACAAGAAGGGCUAUGAUGACGUGAUGUCUCGCACUCCGAUGCAUCGUCCAGGAGAACCUAAUGAAGUUUCAUCAUUGGUGGCAUUUCUUUGCUUUCCUGCCGCUUCAUAUAUCACAGGGCAGAUAGUCUUUGUUGAUGGAGGAUAUACUGUGAGUGGUUUCAGCACUUAAACAGAAAUCCUUCAACAAUCUUGCUGAGACUACAAGGUCGGUCAAGAGCUAUAAUCUGAAUUAUGCUUUUUCAAAUAACCUUCCCUCUU